AUGGUCGCAAAGCGAUUUUCGGACAGCGUUCUUGGAUUACUGCUGAUUCUAGUGCUCACCGUAGAGGGGAAUGCAUCAAGAUUUGUCAAUCCCUUUGCCACGAGGUCAACAGAGGUGCAUUAUGUUCCAUCUACCACCCCUGCGCGGUUCGCGCGACCAGCUCUGGUGCAGUUCAUCGCCGCUAAAAGGGCAGUUGAAGGCGACGAGCUGUCCUCCCAAUCUGCUGAUCAGUCGUUUCCACAGUUUAACGGCCCAGGUUACGUGCCUUCUGAUACCAGUGCACAGUCGCCUGGCGACAUACUGGGUGAUGGCUAUAAAGUGCUUGGAUUGAUGGGACGGGGAUCCAGUGGAGUGACAUAUAAGGCCGAAGGGCCUGAUGGCACAGUGGUGGCAGUGAAGACCCUCUCCCUAAGGGCCAUGUCUGACUGGAAGCAGCUGCAGCUGUUCGAGAGGGAAGCCAAUGCGCUGAAGGGCCUCAACCAUCCAGGGAUCCCUCGGUACAUUGACUAUUUUGAGGAAGACACAGACACUGACAGAAGAUUCUACAUCGUUCAGGAACUCGCCGAGGGCAAGACCUUGUCUCAGCUGGUGCAAGAGGGUUGGAGAGUCGACGAAACAGAGGCGCGCCGGAUCGCCAGGGAGCUGCUGUUGGUGUUGCAGUACUUGGGGAGCCUGCGGCCUCCCGUGGUGCACAGGGAUGUGAAGCCUGACAACAUUGUGAUGGAGGGCGGCAGGGCAGGAGGGCGUGUCUUCCUUGUGGAUUUCGGUGGUGUUCAGGCGGCUUCUGUGGCCGCUGGCUCCCUGACACCAAUGAGCACCAUCGUGGGCACGUAUGGGUACAUGGCCCCUGAGCAAUUUCGCGGGGCAGCCCAACCACAGUCGGACUUGUAUUCUCUGGGAGCGACGCUGCUGUAUUUGGUGUCAGGCCGUCAACCCAGCGAAUUCCGACAAGAUCGUCUGCGGAUCGACUUCUCGGGCCUCAUAUCGGUCAGUGAGGAGUGGGAGGACCUCCUGGAAGGACUGCUGGAGCCCCUGCCGGAAGACAGGCUGACGGCAGACCAAGCCAUGCGUCUUUUGGAAGGGCAGCCACGACGCCUGCGCACAGGGUCCAUGGGCGGCAAGGUGGGUGGCCGGCAGCCUGCCGGGUCCAAGGCGGUGGUCAAGAAGAGGGGGGCGAAUUUGGUGGUGGAGAUCCCUCCCGCGGGCAUCACAGGCGACACAGUGAUGACUGGCUCCUUCGCGCUGAUAUGGAAUCUGUUCGUUUUCUCCUUCACUGCCUCCGCGCUCGCAGCCGGCGGCCUGCUCCCCGUGCUGUUCAUGAUCCCGUUCUGGGCUGCGGGCGCCCAGAUCGCCAAGGUGGCGGUGGGCUCCUCCUUCACGCGGGAGCGCCUGGUCAUAGGCCGCCGGCGCUUCUCCCUGUCGCGACAGUUCGCCCUGUUCAAGGACGGGCAGGCGUCGUUCGAUGACGGCGAAGACGGGCAGCGAGGCGCCGUGGUGGUGGAGGGCCUGUCGCGGGACCUCAGGGAGGCGCGGAUCGUGACGACCAUGGAGGUGAACGGCGUGCCGCAGACCGCCAUCUCACUAUCGGAGGGCGUGCGAAAGCACGUCUUCGGCGAGGGACUGGACACCUUUGAGCAGGAGUGGCUCGUGCGGCAGAUCAACGACGCGAUCGACGAGGCCGCCGACAGGCCAGACGCCGGUGUGCUGGCGUCGGACAUCGAGAGGCGGACCCGGGAGUUGCGAUGA